GAGAGCCAACUACGGAUCCUCAGAGUGCUAAUGAGCAGAUGACUGCAAAGAAUAUAAAUUCUUCCAUUCCCUACCAUUCAGUCAGGAUUGAGGAAACUUUUUUUGAUGAGAAGCCAAACGUUUUCAAGGAAAAAAUCAGGAAAGUCCAGUUGACUUUUGAAAAAAAAAAAAAAAGACCUUUGGGCCUGAAUUUGUCUACUUUUAAACUGAAGUCCAUUGAUCCUUGCUUCUAAGUUUUUAUUUCUAAUACUAAAAUUAUACCUUUUCAGUGCUUUUGUUUUAGCCUAGCAAAGGCAUAACCUUUUCGUUUGCCAUUCCACUAAAAAAAGGCUGAGUUGUUUUGAUUAAAGUACCUGCUGUAUAUAGAAGGCGGUCGAACCGGAAAAUUCAGUCUUGUGCAACUUUGGAACGAAAGGUUGCUUUUUGGACUCGAUAGAAACAGCGAGAGCUCCCUUCUUCCCUUAUUGUUUUUUGUUUUUACCGGCAUCUUGGAAAACGUUUAUCAGACAUUGCAUCGUUUUAUUAUGAAAAUCAUCCUUAUUCCUGGCAACACUGGAGCCCAACACUAUUUUUUGCUUUUGUUUUCUUCUUCCACUUUCUCGAUCAGCGCAAUCGAGUCUGGAUGUGUAAAGGAACACAAGUUAUUUCCCCGUUUCCCACUGCCUUUGAUCUUGAAAAACUAAGUCAGCCAUGGACGCAGUGAACGGCCUCCUUCCCGCGCAAAAUCAGCCGGGCAUUGAGCUAAGCCGAAAAGACGAAGAAAGAGGAGAAGAAAGCGAGUUUCUGCAGGAAGAAACCCUUCGCUCCGCCGCCGCGGAGACAAGCAGCUUAAAAUCACGUUCUUCAAUUAUUUUUUGGAAAUGCAAACUCUGGAUGAUUAUAACAUCUGUUUUUCUAGUGUUGAUCCUUGUGAUUGCUUUAAGUUUAAUUUUGUAUUCAGUGGUUUACAUAGAUGAAGAUGAAUAUUGGGAUCUUGAAUUAAUUGCAAGUGGUGUACCACGUAAUUUCUCUGGAAUAGUAAACGUUAAAUGUCCAAACCCUAAUGUGAAUCUCUCAGAAUCUGCAUAUGAUGUGUUUUCUAAAAAUCUUAAUAAGAGGCUUAAUGAUGUAUACAGUCACUCACCUGGAUUGGGGAUAUAUUUUAUCUCAUCUGAAGUUAUUUCCUUCAGAGAAAACAAUAUCGCAUCAUACUACUUGCAAUUCUUGGUGCCAAUUGAGAAUGCUGACUUCAUGACUUAUAGAAUGAGUGAAGAGUUUAUAAUGAAUAUUUUAAGACAAAAUAUAUAUGACAAGCAAAACAUCUCUGACUUGGAUAUACCUGAAUGUACAGAUAUAACACUGGACCCAUCUUCUGUUACAAUAAAAUUAAUAUAAACCAUCAAUGCGGGAGGAAGAACUGAAUGCAGAUUUCAAGAGUGACUUGAAGGACUCUUCUGUUCUUCUUAUGAAUUUUUUAUAUUGCAACAGCAGAAAACAAACUCCUUGAAAAGCAAUCAGAGCAUAAUAUAAGAAUACAAGAAACUGAAUCAACAAUUUUGAUAAGAGGACAAAUGUUCCAGAUCUCAGAUAAAUAAAAUCCUAUUCAGUAUAAAGACUUCUUUUUGGUGAAAUAAUAAGGACCUUUUUUUUCAUUUUUCUGAAAUCAAGUCAGGUUUCUACAAAAAAGUGUAUUUAAAAAACAACAAAAAAACCCACAAUUGUAUAGAAAUGUUGCUUUUAUUAUUGCUUAUUAUUUUUGUUACAAUGUAUGUCACUUUGAGAAUGUUGGCUUUAAUAAUUCAUAACAAAAUUGAUGAGUAAUAUAGUAAUUGAAUAGUAAUUUAGUUACUAGUCAAACUAAUUCUUUUGAGGAAAAUACAGUAGGGAUGAACAAAUCUAUCAGUUUUACUUUCAUUUGUAUACAUUUUACAGUAAUGAAGAAAAUGGUAAUUCCCUAGCAAAUAUAGUUAUCACUACCUUUAAGCUAUAUAAGUCUCAAUUGUUUGUACCAGAUUAUUAGGAGCAAGUUAUUUCUUCUUUGGAAAGACCUUUUUUAUCUUCUUCCCUAUUAAAGUUAAUGACGAAGA